CAUUCUCUAUUGUCGUAGUUAUGUUGCUCUAACGUAGUAUUGGGCUCCUGGUCUAUGCAAAAAACUGGAGGGACGACGGGGGAGUUGUUUCCCUAAUUUGAAAUGGCUCCCCCUCUUCCAAAAAAGAAAAAAUCACGAGGGAGCGCGAAAAGCUGACUGGAAAACGUGUCUUUUUCUCGUUCAAAAAUCAUGGUAAAGACAACCAUUAUCGCUCGGGUUUCCGAUGGCCUGCCAUUAGCUGCCAGUAUGGAUGACGAACAGGUGGAGACGGAAUUGGCAGAAUACAAAGGCCAGGCUAAGAGCAUUUUUAAGCGACUCAACGUCAAUUCCGAACCGAGAUGUUCUAUCGAAUCAGGACCUUAUGUUUUUCACUAUAUCAUUGAAGGCAGUGUAUGCUAUCUGUGCAUCUGCGACAAAUCAUACCCUCGCAAGCUUGCAUUCAGCUAUCUCGAAGAACUGGCCAAGGAAUUCAAUAUGAGCUAUGGAAAUGAGGCAGAGAAGCCUGGUUUACGACCUUAUGCUUUCGUCAAGUUUGAUACGUUCAUGCAAAAAACCAAAAGAAUAUACCAAGACACACGAACACAGAACAACCUGACCAAGUUGAAUGAGGAUUUGCAGGAUGUGACCCGUAUCAUGACAAAGAACAUGGAGGAUCUUUUGUGGCGUGGAGACAGUUUGGAUCGAAUGAGCCAUAUCUCGGGAGAGCUGAAGGAUAGCGCCAAGAUGUUCAAGGAUAAAGCACGCCAUCUCAAUCUGCAAGCGUUGUAUCGGAAAUACGGUCCACCUGCCAUUAUUGCAUCUGUCAUUUUGGGUGUGUUACUGGUCAGAUACUAUUUGUUCUAAGGGUCCCCCUCCCGUCAGCGAGUAUGUAGUAGUCGGAACCCCUCCCCCCUCCAUUGUGUGUAUAUAAAAAAAAAUAUCCAAAACGUGCGUGUGUAAUGUGUGUGUGUGUGGGUGAUGUACGUAACGUACGUAGUAUAUUAAAAAAAAAGUGAAACGUGACGUCCUUUUCAUGCAA